ACAAAGUAAUUUGUCCCUCGAUUAUAAAGUACAGAAUUGGAGAAACUAUUUUUUCAAAGUUACUCAUUUUAAAAGAUAGAUUUACUGAUAACAUUACUUCCUCAACUGAUACAAUCCUGACAUCAAGGUAAGAACCAUUCACGGCGCUGUUAAAAAAAAACUAAGAUGAUGCAGAUUACUCGAGAAGAACACGAGGAAACGAAAAUGAGACUGCCGUGGCAAUUACAUCUUUCUUUUUCGUGGUGAGCGAAUUCGCUUUCUUUCCAGUUAUUUUUGAGUACGCCGAGACUUCGUUUCUCGCGUCACUUUAUAUUUAAAGCUGUAAGAGACAACGGCGUGCUCUCAUUGUGGCCGGACGACCGUCGCAGGACAUUGGUCGCGCUUCAAAGGGAAGACAGAUAAACACUGUCAGCGAUAUUCCAUCCGGCUUAUUGUUAUCUCGAGGGCGGUACAGAGGAAACGAAAAAAUACACAGCAUCGGUAUGUUAGCGCGGAUUCCACAGACGUGCUCGAGCUCGACGUCGAUACAGUGAUGAGGACGGCUCGGUAGUGUAAGUUAUUCAAGCGGACAAGCCAAAUAUUCGUCCAGUAAGUGAGAUAAUGUUGCAUACGUUGUAUAAAAAGCCAAUGACGGACGCAGAAACGGCGAGGGAUGACGAGAAGUUGACGACUUAUCUGCGAUUGUCGAGGGUCGGAGUUAAUCAUUUCGUGAAGAGGCUCUUCUCAUUGAUGCAGAGACAAAUCAGGGUGUUGCAGUUUGUCGCAUUGUUAACGAUAAUCUGCGUUACAUUGUUGAUACUGGCGCAGAACUCGACGAAAAGCUCGCAUACGGAGACAAACAUAGAGCCGAUUACGCGAGGAGAACAGAUAUCGCCGAAGUAUGCGUCCGUUGCACGUGCCGAGUCUGAAAUAAUCCCGCGAGUAAUAAUGUCGCGGGAUGAGAUGGAGGAUGUUCGAAGAGAGUUAAACGCUAGGAAGCGGCGACUAUUGAGCGUCUGCGAGACUAUCCAUUCGAAAAGAUCCUACUUGGAUGCCGCGUUGACAAACAUGAUUAUUGACACGGAACACAAUGUGUCAUGGUGUCCUAUAUACAAGGUGGCGAGUUCCACAUGGAUGAGUUACUUCGCCGUAUUGAAGGGUAUUCUGACAGAUACUGUGAUGGAUCUGGUGCGACACAAUCUCCUUCAACUCAGCGAAAUCGUGAGACAAAAGUUCAUACACGACGAAGAUCUCAAUACAAUGCACGUGAAGGUAAUGAAGACAAAGAAGUUCCUAAUCGUACGACAUCCGCUGGAGCGUCUUUUGUCUGCCUAUAGAGACAAGUUGGAGCACAUGAAGGGCCGCGAAUAUUACUACAAGCGGUUCGGUCGGCGUAUCGCGUUUAAGUAUCGUCUGCCUGGCAACGAGACAAAAUUAGAACCGACGUUUGAGGAAUUUCUUCGAUUUAUAGUGAAUGAGAAGUUCUUUGACGAACACUGGACGCCGUAUUACCAGACUUGCGAGCCCUGUGCUGUGCGCUACGACUACAUACUGAAAUUCGAGACUUUGGAUCGAGAUGAGAAUUUUUUCAUACAAGACGCUAAUCUGAGCGAACAUCUGUAUGAGAAGAAUUAUGUACGAAACAUGAAUCCUUACGGGACAACCACUAGAGAAAUUCUCAGCGAAUAUAUCAAGAAGAUACCGCGAUCGCUUCUUGAAGAGAUUUACAAGAUCUACGAAAACGAUUACAAGUUAUUCGACUAUUCGUUUGUUUGAUGACUGUUUCAUUUAUAUUAUAUAUAGGCAGCUCACAAUUAUUAUGUUAUUGAAAAACGAAUAAAUAUGAUAUGUAUAUA